GGUGACGGGGCAGGGCCGGCUCGGGGCCGGGUCCGCGCGGGAGGCGUCAGUUCCUGAGGCUCGCACUCUCUCCCACAGUCGCGCGCCGAGUCCGCACGGCCAUGGUUGUGGUGGCCCAGACCCCGGCCCCGGCUCCGGCCGCGCCCAAGGUGCUGCUCCUGUCGUCCGGGAAGCCCCCCGGGCCCGGCGCUGCCCCAGCUCCCGGCCGCGCCCUGCCCCUCGUGCUGCCCCCGAGCCCGGAGGCGACGAGUGGGGCCCCCGGCGCCGGCUCCGGCUCCGGCCAGAGCCCGGCCCGCAAGCGGCAGCGCCUCACGCACCUGAGCCCGGAGGAGAAGGCGCUGCGCAGGAAAUUGAAAAACAGAGUAGCAGCACAAACGGCUCGAGACAGGAAGAAAGCCCGAAUGAGUGAAUUGGAGCAACAAGUUGUGGACUUGGAAGAAGAGAACCAAAAACUUUUGAUUGAAAAUCAACUUUUGCGUGAGAGAACCCAUGGGCUCGUGAUUGAAAAUCAAGAGUUAAGACAGCGCUUGGGGAUAGAUGCCCUAAUAACUGAGGAGGAAACAGAGUCCAAGGCGAAUGAUGUCCGGUUGGUGGCCGGGUCUGCUGAGCGCAGCACUCAGACUACGUGCGCCUCUGCAGCAGGUGCAGGCCCAGUUGUCACCCUUCCUGAACACGUCCCUGUGGACUCUGACAGCACUGACUCUUCAGAUGCUGAGUCUGAUAUCUUGUUGGGCAUUCUGGACAACCUGGACCCAGACACGUUCUUCAGGUAUGUUGUCCCAGAGUACUGCCUGGAGGAGUUCAAAGAAGUGGGUGCAGAAGAGCCCGACUCCAUACCAGCCUCCCCGUCUCCUUUGGUGGGGCCCCCAUCAGCCAAGCUGGAAGCCAUUAAUGAACUGAUACGGUUUGACCACGUGUAUACCAAGCCGCUCAUCUUGGAGAUUCCCUCGGAAACAGAUGGUCAAGGCAGCAUGGUAGUGAAAGUUGAGGAAGCUCCCCCUAGCCCCCCACCUGAGCCACUCACGGUAUCGGUAAAGGAAGAACUCCUCGAGAAUGACUUCAUCCCAGAGCUUGGCAUCGAAAACCUGCUCUCCUCCAGCCACUGCCUCAAGUCUUCUCCCUGCCUGCUGGAUGUUUGUAGUGACUCUGGCUAUGAGGGUUCUCCUUCCCCUUUCACUGAGAUGUCCUCCCCACUCGGCACAGGUCACUCGUGGGAGGACACUUUUGCCAAUGAACUCUUUCCUCAGUUGAUCAGUGUCUAAGAUAGUAUUGUUCACUUGUCCAAAUCAUCAUAGCACACCCAUAGUCUGAAGGCAGUGAAUGGCCCCAGUGGCAGUGAAGGGGGCCAUUUAUCUCUGGGGCAUUGUGGUCUAUUGGCCAGGCUUUGCUAGAGCCCCUGAGUACUGGCCUUAGCUAACUCUUGCAGCCUGAAGCAGGGUUGGACUCACCUUGUCACUGUUUCUGUCCCACCACCUCAAUAAGAGGUGUUAAGGUCUGAUUCCUUGGCUUUUUUCUCCCCUUCUUGUUUUGCUACAUUUUGACUCUUUAUUUAGUAAAGUUCUUUAUUUUGCUUGUAUGAGCAGAGGAAAUCGCUGUUGGAGGGGCUUGCUUUUCCAUUCUGUACAGUCGGAUAAAUGUGAACAUUAGAAGAAAUCCUUUGUAAAGUUAUAGAAAUUUACUGUGUAAAUGCUUGAUAUGAACUCCUUCAUGUGAGCUUGGCUUUGGGGAGGUGCUUUCUCCAUUAUUUAAAACUACCUGUGCAAUUAAAAAGUGCAAUGCCA